CUCCUCCUCCUCCUCCUCCACUUUCUCCAUCGCCCACAACACCCUCAUCACACCUUCACAUCUCCUGCAUGCGUCCAUGACCUAGACGGCAGCGCCGUCCACCCCCCUCUCGCCUCGCUUCGGCCUUGGCUCCUCCUCUGUCGGCGUACGCGUCUCCAACCUCGCCCUCGUUUCCUUCGCCCGCUCCACUCAUUUUUCUCUCAUCCAUCUUCAACCACCACCCCCUCCCUUCCCUCCUACAUCCGUCCACUCCCUUCCAUUCCGGCGCCAUGUCCAACGAGACCACCCCCCUCAUCCCCGGGCUGCCCGUCGCCGAGCCACCCCCGCCCGACGCCACCGCCGAGCGCUGCCACCUGCUCGGCCCCACCGCCCUUGUCGUCCAAGCCGUCAUGGGCGUCAUGGUACUGUCCUCACUAGUCGUGAAGCGGCACCUCGAAAAGCGCAAGCGACCGUGGCGCGUGUGGGGCUUUGACGUCGCCAAACAGCUUGUCGGGCAAGCGACGUUACACGCCCUCAACAUUCUCAUCUCCAUGGUUGCGGGCAACUCGAGCAGCAACAACCCCUGCUCCCUCUACUUUCUCAACAUCCUCAUCGACACCACUAUCGGUGUCGGCAUCUUCUACGUCGGGCUCAUUGGGUAUACAAAGCUGUUCGUCAAACACUUUGGGCCGGAAGGCUUCACAAGCGGACAUUACGGCCGCCCACCGCAAUGGGAGAUUUGGGCGCGCCAGCUCCAACCCUACUUGGCCGCAGUGAUAACGAUGAAACUCAUCGUCCUCCUGAUGCUCACUCUUCCUGGGAUAAGUGGCGCGCUCAUCCGCUGGUCUCAGAGCAUGCUCGGCUACCUCUCCCUCGACGUGCAAGUCGUCUUUGUCCUCGCAAUCUUCCCCGUCAUCAUGAACGUCUUCCAGUUCUGCGUCAUGGACCAGGUGAUCAAGGCCGGCAAGGGCGCCGAGGCCAAGGAACGCUCGGGCGAUGACUACGACGAGGAAGAGAUGGACGGAUACGAGGCCGUGCCGACGCGCGAGCAGGGUGUGGCUGGCCGACGGGCGUCGGGCGCCGCCCUGAGCGCCUCAUCUAGAGCCAGUUCUGUGGUGUCCCUCUCGGUCCCCGAAGAGCGCGGCCUUCUCGAGGGACGAGGGGAGACUGUGUGGAGCGCCAUCAGUCGGCAUCGGAGCAGCAACGGCGACGAACCUCCAAAGGCAGGACUAGCGCGUAGAUCGUCCCGCGCCAGUCUACGCGCCACGGACGACGACAGCUUUAUAGAUGAGCCGGAUGCGGUGCCGCUCGCGCCGCUGUCGCCGCACACAAGUAGGACAUAGAGGGAGAAUUGGGAUCAUAAGUAUCUAGCUCUGUAUCGCAUGAUUUGGUACCCGGAUGUUGCAUUCACGUGUGUCACGUGCAUGCAGUGUUGAGAAGACGCGAGGACAAUGGACAAUGGACAAUGAAA